AUGGUAGCAACGCUCCACGAGCAGCUGUAUCACGCAGCGCGGUCUGGCGACCACAGCGCCGUCUCGGUCGCCCUCAAGCGCGGGGCCAACGCCAACGCCGAGACCGAGGGCUGGACACCACUGCUGCGCGCAGCUCAAAAUGGCCACAGCCUCGUCGUGCACUUCCUCUUGCGGUCGAUGUCCGACGUCAACAAGCCCACGAGCGAUGGGGCCACGCCAUUGUACAUGGCGAGCCAGAAUGGCCAUGUCAGCGUUGUCGCGUUGCUCAUCCAGGCCAAUGCCGCGGUCGAUCAGAGCAAGAAGGCGCGAUUUAAGAACUCUGAUGGUGCCACGCCUCUGUAUGUCGCUGCUCAAAACGGUUUUGACGCAAUUGUCGAGCUCCUUUUGCAGUCGGACGCCAACGCCAACGCCCGAAAGCUCUCGGGGUCGACGCCGCUGUACGUGGCGGCCCAGAAUGGUCGCGGAGGCAUCUUGAAGCAAUUGCUGCAAGCGGGGGCCGAUGUCAACCUCGGCAACAACGAAAACGCAACACCGCUGUAUGUGGCAGCGGCCAAGGGCCACGCGACGGUGGUUGCCAUGCUCGUGCAAGCAGGGGCCGACCUCACCAAGAAGAAACAAGCGGGGACCACGCCCCUGAUUGCAGCGGCCUUCAACGGCCACAGCAACAUUGUGGCCUUGCUCAUGGAGGCGGGCUCGGACGAGGGACCUGUGGACGACUGGACGCCUGUCUGGGCCGCUGCGUUUAGCGGUCACACGAAUGUGCUGCAGAGCCUCAUCCUCGCCAAGGCCGAUUUGAACAAGUGCGACAAGGACGGAUGGACACCAUUGUGUGUGGCAGCACUCAAUGGGCACGCCAACGCCGUUCGGGUUCUUUUGGACGCGGGGGCUGACAUUGACCGCGCCACCAAUUUUGGCGCCACGCCGCUGUACAUUGCGGCGCAGAAUGGGCACGAACACGUCGUCAAGGUGUUCAUCGAGGCCCGAUCCCACAUCAACCAGAGUCAGCGCUCGGGCGCGACACCGCUCUACGUGGCAGCCCAAAACGGGCACGCCAACGUCGUUGCCCAGCUUAUUGCUGCGAACGCGGAUGUCAACAAAGGCGCCGAGCUGGGUGCAACACCGCUGUACAUUGCAGCACAGCACGGCCACAAUCCAGUUGUGGCCCUUCUCCUCAACGCAAAAGCUAUUGUCGACCAAGCCACUCAUACGGGCGCGACCGCGCUGUACGUGGCUGCGCAGAAUGGCAACGCGGCGCUCGCCAAGCUCCUCGUGCAGGCCAGGACAGACGUCAACAAGACGUUCAAACAAGGGGUGUCGCCGUUGUGGGUUGCCGCCUCCAAAGGGCACGUCUCAGUUGUCGCUGUGCUCAUCCAAGCAAAUGCGAACCUCGACCUUUGCAACGCCGACGGGCGAUCGCCGCUUUGGAUCGCCGCCUUCAAGGGGUUUGCACCGGUCGUGUCGCUUCUCAUAAAGUCUGGCGCCCAAAUCAACCUCGCCGACACCUCGGUUGGUGCGACGCCGCUCUAUGUGGCAGCGCACAAGGGUCACGAUGCUGUCAUCUCGGUGCUGCUGCAAGGCGGCGCCGCCGUCAACCAAGCCGCUUCGGAUGGCUGCACGCCGCUGUCGACGGCGGCUUUCAACGGGCUUGUCUCGGCGGUGGCGCUCUUGGUCGCAGCGCAGGCCGAUGUGGAUCUGGCCAAGCAUGACGGCACGACACCAACGUACGUGGCAGCACAGAACGGCCACACCGCCGUCGUCGAGGCCCUUCUCAGCGCCAAGGCCAACGCCAACACGAGCCAUAAAGAUGGACGCACACCUCUGUGGAUGGCUGUUUGCAACGGUCACGAAGACGUGGUCCGCCACCUUGUGCAGGCCGCCGCCGACGUCGACAAAAGCCACAAGGACGGCCGGUCCCCGCUUUGGAUGGCGUCCUUCAAUGGCUUUGGCGAUGUUGUCGACGCCAUCGUGCUUGCCAAGGCGGACAUCAACAAGCCGCACAAGGAUGGACAAACGCCGCUGUAUGUUGCCUCGCAGUAUGGCCACGACGCCGUCGUCGCCUGGCUACUGCAAUCGAGCGCAGAUGUCAACCAGCCCAAAGAUGACGGAACCCACCCGCUUUAUGUCGCUGCACAAAACGGCCACGACCUUGUUGUCGCCCAGCUCUUGGCCGGGAACGCAGCUCUGAACCAAGCCGAUAUGGCGGGCCGAACGCCCCUUUACAUCGCCGCCCAAAAUGGACACAAAACUGUGGUCUCUCUCCUCCUCGACGCCGGCGCUAAUGUUACCCAGAGUAAAAAGUCGGGCGCGGGACCUCUUUUCAUCGCUGCCAAGACCGGACAAGUUGAUGUCGUACGCCUGCUUUUGGACGCAGGCGCCGACUGCAACCAGUGUCGCAACGAUGGACAAUCACCGCUCAUGAUUGCAGUCGGAGCGGAUCAUCAGGAGAUUGUCGAUGCCUUACUGCUUGCAAAAGCCGAUGUCGACCAAAGCUCUGAUGAGGGCUCGACAGCACUGCAUGUUGCGGCGUCGUCGGGGCUAGAGGCUAUCGUAUCGAAGCUCCUGCAGUACCGCCCCGAUGUGGACCAGUGCAACUAUGCCGGACAGUCGUCAGUGUGGGUGGCCGCUGCCAAUGGCCACGUAAACGUUCUCUCACACCUCCUUGAUGCUGGCGCAGACCCGUCCUGCCCCGACAAUUGCGGUGUCACACCGCUGAGUAUUGCCACUAAGAACGGGCACGGCGAUGCGACCACGUUACUUGUCAAAGCGUGCCGCCGACAGUAA